AUGGUUCUUUCAUACAGCAGGAAGAUGGACAGAGGUAAAACUGACCAUUACAUUAUGAAAGAAGCUGUACAGGAUGUUCUUAAUAAGGGCAUGGCAGUUCACCAAGCAGCUAAAUCUCUUCUAAUACCUUACCCAACUCUUCAUUUACAUGUUCAAGACAUUAAAUGUGGUUCCAGUGAAAGAUUGACACCAAACUAUGACAAUCGUAAGGUAUUUUCUGUGGAGCAGGAGAAAGAAUUAGGUGAGGUUACGAAAGUGGAGACAAAGUCAGAGGGAGGCAGCUUUACAAGCAACCGGGGUGCUCUGCUGGAACUGGACGAGGGCGCCGACGUGACUCUGGUGGUUGGCGACUCAGAGCUGCCGGCUCACAGCCGGGUCCUGGCAGCGAGGAGCCCCGUCUUUGCAGCCAUGUUGCGGAACGACAUGCGAGAGGCCCGCAGCCGCCGUAUCGAAGUGGCUGACGUGCGGGAGGCCGUCUUGCGGCAGCUGCUGCUGUUCGUCUACACGGACACGGCUCCGGAGCUCCCGAGUGUAGCGGCCGAGCUGCUGGCUGCCGCCGACAAGUACGACCUGCCGGCACUCAGGGAGAGGAUCCUGACUGAGGAGCAGAAACAGAUACUGGCUGGGAGGCUGAUCAUUGCUGCAUCACAGGGUCAGACCGGCGAAGUGCGGGCACUCCUGGAUGCGGGGUCGCCAGUCAACGCGACAGACGCCAGUGGCGACACUGCCCUGCAUGAAGCAGUGAUGAAUGGCCACGAAGAAACUGUCAAGUGCCUGAUUGAUGCCGGGGCAGAUGUCAACGUCAGAGACUCGGAUGGGAUGACGCCUCUGCACUGGGCUGCAUGUAGAGGUGGCGAGCAGCACAUUGUAUGGAUGCUACUGGCGGCAUCAGCGUGUGUAGAUGUCCAGGACGAUGCGGGGGAGACUCCACUCCAUGUGGCUGCCAGAUGGGGGUGUGCAUAUGCAGCAAAGGCACUUCUGCUGGCUGGUGCAAGGAGGGACAUAAGGGAUAACAGUGGGCAGACACCUGCAGAUGUGGCAGAAGCAGACACAGUACAACUAUUUAGCACUGAACAAAUCUUGUGA